CGCGUCACAGUCACUUCAAAAUAAAAGUUCUCAAGAUAAAAGUUGUAUAAAUCAUACAAUCUGGCGAAUAGAAUAAAUGUACUGUCCUCCGAGAAAAUAUUUCUACCGUUUGAGUUUUACAUUAUUUUUUUUCUGAAUUGGCGAAUAUGUGUAGAUUGAUUGUAGAAGAAGAACAAGCAAGUCCCAUCGAAUUUUGUCACUGUGUUGUGUUAUAGUCAUUUAUAAUCGAACAAUUGCAAUACAUAAAAUUGCACAGUGGCUUGGCCAAUGAAUGCACUUCUGCUUCAGCAUCUAUCUAAUUACAAUCUUGAGCACGGACGAGUUUCUCAAAUGUCAGAUUAGAGAGAGAGAAUGAGAGGAGGAGGGAACGCAGCAUAACAUUCCCAGUCAGUCAGUCCAGUGUGACUGAUCAAAAACUCUCCUCCUAUCGGCAGUGCAGCACUCGGCUCCACAAAAAAUAUCCUCGACAGGUUGAGAGACAGAGAUAUGCUAUGCAUUGCCCCAUUCUACCCCGGGCCACUGUUUUCCCGCGACAGAGCGGGGGGUAGAUGAGCGAUGGUGAAAAGCAUGCAUACAGAACGCACGGAGGAGCAAAGACACUGUACGAGAGGACGGUGACAGUCCGGAUAGAAGAGUUGCUUUGCAGAGGGCCAGUGACAUGGAGGUAACCACGAUGUGCAGCUCUCUGAGUCCCAAGCAGGUAAUUGGCCCAGGCCUGACCGACAUGCAGCAGUACAACCAAUGGCUGACCAGCCGCCACGAAGCCAGCCUUCUGCCAUUGAAGGAAGACCUGGCCCUGUGGCUCACCAACAUGCUGGGUCUGGAGAUCACAGCAGAGAACUUCAUGGAGCGUUUGGACAACGGCUUCCUGCUGUGCCAGCUGGCUGAGACUCUACAGGAGAAGUUCAAGCAGAACCAGACCAAGAACCAUGGAGAGGUGCCUGGCGCUGGUCACGGAAAGGCCAUCCCGUGUCAGAGGAUCCCGUGUCGUGCCAGCGCUCCCUCUGGUUCCUUCUUCGCCAGGGACAACACAGCUAACUUCCUGACCUGGUGUCGUCAGGUGGGGGUGGGAGAGACCUGCCUGUUUGAGUCUGAGGGACUGGUUCUUCACAAGCAGCCACGGGAAGUGUGUCUGUGUCUCCUCCAACUGGGAAGGAUAGCAUCUCGGUACAACGUGGAGCCUCCUUGGCUUAUCAAGCUGGAGAAGGAGAUAGAACAGGAGGAGAUAGCACCCCUACCUUCACCUGUCUCCCACUCUCCAUCCCCCUCUCCAACCCCCUCUCCAACCCCCCCAUCCUCCUCUCCUUCCAAGUGCUCGUCGUCCAAGUGCUCGUCGUCUAGCCAGAAGAGCACAGGGAAGCUGUUGGAUGAUGCAGUGAAGCAUUUCUCGGAGGACUCUCCCUGCAAGUGUCCCAAUAAGUUCUGUGUGGAGAGACAGGCCCAGGGCCGCUACCGCGUUGGAGAGAAGAUGCUCUUCAUCAGGAUGCUACACAACAAGCAUGUGAUGGUGCGUGUGGGAGGAGGCUGGGAGACCUUUGAAAGUUACCUUCUGAAACACGACCCAUGUCGGAUGCUCCAGAUCUCCAGAGUGGAGGGGAAGACCUCUCCCAUGUCCUCCAAGGACCUCACCCCACCCCACCCCAAAAAUUAAAGAUGGCCACACCCCACUGCAGCAACGAGUAAAGAUGGCCGCACCCCACCGCAGCAACGAGUAAAGAUGGCCGCACCCCACCGCAGCAACAAGUAAAGAUGGCCGCACCCCACCACAGCAACAAGUAAAGAUGGCCGCACACCACCGCAGCAACAAGUAAAGAUGGCCGCACCCCACCGCAGCUACAAGUAAAGAUGGCCGCACCCCACCGCAGCUACAAGUAAAGAUGGCCGCACCCCACCGCAGCAAGAAGUAAAGAUGGCCGCACCCCACCGCAGCAAGAAGUAAAGAUGGCCGCACACCACCCCAGCAAGAAGAUGGCAGCAAUUAAACCGCUGAAAACCCUCCCACUUGGUUGCCAACAGAUUUUCUCAUGGAGUUUUCAUUCAAUAGGGUUCUCAGUACAUUUAACUAAAGCCAUCCCUUUAAAUACGCUGUGCCUUUAAUUAGAAUUUUGUCGACAGACUCACUAGAAUACAUGGAGAGAACAGGUUCAGAAUAUUAGAGAUCAAUGGAAGAAAACCAUUUAUUUCCAUCUCCGUUACAACACCAAUUGGUGGAUUUAAAAAUACUCUGAUCUUGUAUAUUAUUUAGGGUUUAGGAAAGUAUUCUGAACAAAAAUAUAAAACGCAACAUGGCACAAUUUAAAAGAUUUUGAUGAGUUACAGUUUUAUAUAAGGAAAUCAGUCAAUUGAAAUAAAUGCAUUGGGCCCUAA